AAAGAAAGGAAACGAAAAGGUUUACCGGAUAGUCUCAACUUUAUUCCUUUACUGAAUUGAUUCUAUCAUAUUUUAGGAUACCCAAAUUUCUCAGUUGAAAGGUAAAGUUAAUGAAGAUAUUAAAACGUCUCUAUCGCGUGUGUUUGAACGCAUAGCUCUACUGGCUUUGGAUAGUUUAUCCAGUCCAUCUUUGGAAAAUGUGCACCGAUCUCUUGUAAUACAAGACGUUCUGGAAGCCGAUAGUUUGGCUAAACUUGGAAAGUCAGCUGCAUUGGUUGAAAAAGUUCUUGAAAAGACGGAUGAGCAAGGUGUGAGUCUUCGUAGAGUGUGGCAAGGUAAGAAUAGCUCGAGAGUAUGGGAGAAAUUGGUGACCACGUGUCGUGAAGAAACAUUGCAGUUACUGUGGGAGAGGGUCAUCACAGGACAUGUAGCCGAGCUGGCUUCUCAUCCAUGUGCAAACUUCGUUCUACAGAAAUUCAUCAGCACUGUGAAAUCUUUGGAGCUGGUAUCAAAUUACUUCUUCAAAAUAUCUCAUUAUGGGAGUUUUUUUGAAGGCUACGGAUGUGUGCCACGAAGCAACACCAUUACUCUCUACAUUUCUGUCUAA